AUGCCAAGUGAGAAGAAUUGUCGGUUCUUUGAGAACCGAAUGGAUCCCUAUGGGUAUAGCGAUGAGGACAGAACUGAAGAUGAAGGAGACAAGAAGCCCAAUUUCUUCACUAAUGGGGGUACAGAAAUGAGUAAGAAGUAUGGUAUUGGAGCCAAGCUUCUUUCGAAGAUGGGCUAUGUUGCAGGUCAAGGUCUGGGGAAGGACGGAUCAGGUAUUGCCCAUCCCAUCCAAGCCGAGCAAAGACCAAUGCCCAGUGUGGGUCUUGGAAUGAUGAGCAGUCUGGGGGAUAAGUAUAAUGAGCGUUAUGACAGCUCAGAUGAUGAAGAGCAGGCUCCUCGAUCUCACGAUGUUGCAUUCGAGAAAUCUGAUGUCAAGGUUAUGUCAAAGGAUAAUAAAGUACAAGAUAGACAUCAAACACAGCUAAAUCGAAUUUUGAGUGAUUUGCAGUCAAAGCUAAAUCUCAAAAUUUCACCAGGGUUCUUGGAACGGAUAUCCUCAACAUCAUUUGAUCAAAAGGUGGAGCUGGAACGUCUAGCUACCUCCUUACUUAAUGGACAGGAGCGAAUCACGACUAUAGAUGAUAGAAUCAAGAUAUUAGAGGCUGAAGUAGCGGAACUUGAUGAUGAAGGUAGACUACUAUAUGAUAUUGAUGAAUCACUGAAGAAAAACAGCACAAUUUUGAACAAGGCAGACUGUAUUAUGGGCCUUUCAGAUACCGAUUUAGUCGACAGUUUGCUAGCUAAUAUACUGCGACGGGAAUACUUGAUGCAAGAUGACAUAGUUGUCCCUACCUCUGAAAAUUUGGAUCAGUUGGUAGGACUCGCCGAGAUUUUGCGAUACCAAAUGGAUACAUCAUCGACUCAACUCAAUAGGACUCAAAGUACGAUCUACAAGCUCAUUUUCAAAAGAUUCCUCAAAUUUUGGGAAGGCUUCACAGUCAACAAGGAGCAGACAAACAUGAUGAUAUCUUUGAUGUUAGACUUCGAACCUUUAUUAAAAUUUAUCAGCUGUUUUGAUUAUGUUCUGGAAACUUUCAUAUAUCCAAAGCUAAUAAGGGCUUUGGCCUCCUGGAAUAUCACAGGGAAUGACGAGUUUCCUCCUCGAGUAUGGGUAUUCGAUUUUCUAGUAAUAACGAAGCUCCAAACCAGAAAUAAGUUGGAAGAAUUAGCAGUUGAGAAGUUGAGUAACUACUGCGAUUCAUGGUAUCAUCGAGAUUCAGAGGUCAUCCGAAAAGCAGAUUUAUUGUUUAUGCAAGAACUGCUAGGCAAAAAAUAUCACGAGGUGGUGGAUAGUAAGCUUUUGCCCAAAUUCUUGGACCAAUUGUGGGAAAAGCAUUUUGAUCCUCUAGCCGAGCUAGAGGAUUGGGAAUCGGCCUCUAUCGAGGAAGGCUCACUUUACUAUUCGAGAAUGCUUAAGCGAUACCAAUAUUACUUCAGCGAUGAGGUUUACAACACACUAAUCACUGCUAUGUUUAAUGAAUACAACAAAGUACUUUAUCAAUGGCUAAUCUAUUCUGAACAAGAAGAUGUAUCGAAGGCAAAGCAUUGGUUUUUCUGGCAAAUCAAUGCAAUGUUUCGAGAUGCCACCCCAAUAGAGAUCGAGCUGAAAGAGAUACGAAAGACGAUGGCAUUACUUAAUGAUAGUGCGCAUCAACCCAUUCAUGACGAAUCCUUCAAUCUCUUCCGAAGGUUGCGGUUGGAGCUCAAGGAACCAACCGAAACUGCUAAGACAGGGACUUACACAGUUCAGAACAUUCCUAUGCGUAAAGUUGUCCCGCAUUUCAAGGAUGUGGUUGAAGACUUUUGUGCCGAAAAUGCUUACGUACUUCAGAAAUUGCAAGGUCAAUAUACUCAACUCCCGUAUGGAGUACACAAAGAUACAUUGGCACCUGUGUUUAAAAUCAGUCGAGGAAACUCGAGUGUUGACAUAGCGAUGAAAGAUGAUAUUCUGUGGGUAAGAAACGACAAGGGCAGCUUUGUCCCUACGUAUUUGUACGAACUUAAAUGA